AUGGCCCGACCGCACCCCGGGCUUGGUCGUCGGCGUCGUAUGGACGGGCAGACAGACAAACGUGAGGAACUUCCCCUUUGGGCGAAAGUUAGGAAUCGCACAGUGGGGUUUCGGAGUGAGUCACCGAGUCACCGCCACCCCGUCUCGAUCGAGCCAGCCAAGCAGGUGCUUGUCAACUCGAUUCGAGCGUCGAAGCAUGAAUGGGACGUUUGA